AUGGUUUUGAGGCAGGUCAAUUUGCUGCUGGUGCUGCUGGUUUGCUUGCGGCUGCCGGUUCCCGACCUGAGGUUUGCAUUUGCCCUGACAUGGAUCAUCUCCUGCUCGGCGGAAUUCUUGGCAGGCGUUGGCAUAGCAGAUGUCACUGGCCCGGCAGCAGAAGUGGUGAUGAUGGGCUAUGCCGAUCAAGAUCAACGCGUGACUGGGAUCCACAUGCGUUUACACGCGCGUGCCUUUAUUUUUGUGCAUCCUGAAUCCGACAAGCGCAUGGUCUACGUGGCAGUGGACACCUGGGCGGCCACCGAGUCGUUGAUUCAGGGCCUGGAAAGGCGACUGCUGGGCGAGCUGCCGGGGCUCUACAGCAGGCACAACGUCAUCAUCGGACCAAGCCACACACAUAUGGGGCCUGCUGGAAUCAGCCCGUACUACCUUUACCAGAUCUCCUCCUUCGGCUAUGUGAAGCAGUCCACGAAGGCUCUGAUCGAUGGCAUGACUGAAGCUGUGAAGAUGGCGCACAACAACAUCCGCCCCGCCACGGUCACUCUGGGCCAUGGAUUUGUUGACAACACCACGGUGCCCGGAUGCCCCAUGCCGCAUUGUGCCUCGCGCAACCGCAGCCCCACGGCCUACAUGGAGAAUCCCGCAGAGGAACGGGCCAACUACAGCAGCGACAUGGACUAUGACAUGGAUUUGAUCAAAAUCGUGGAUGCAAAGACGGGAGAGCCCAUGGGCACCAUGAAUUGGUUUUCAGUCCAUGCCACCAGCAUGAAGAGCACCAGUGGCCUCAUUUCAGGUGACAAUAAAGGCUACGCGGAGUACGCUUUCGAGAAGGCCAUCAACGGCCCUUCCUCCGUCCGUCCCGCCGGGCGCGGGCCCUUCGUGGCCGGCUUCGGCGCCGCGGCGGCGGGGGACAUCUCGCCCAACACGGAGGGGAGCUGGUGCGAGGUCACAGGGAAAAGUUGCGAAACAGCUCAAUCUGUCUGCUACAACCACCAUGGUAAGCCCAAGAACUCGGACUGUCUCGCCUGGGGCCCGGCGGGUCGAAAUAUCAUCGAGUCGACCAAAAUCAUUGGAGAGAGGCAGUACUUAGCUGCCAGGCACAUCUUUGACAAGACCAACAUGUCGAUUGGACACGGCAUUGACUUUCGUACCCGUUAUGUGGAUAUGACCCAGUACUCGUUCAAGUACGAGGACGGCCGCAGUGGUCGCACCUGCCCGCCAGCGAUGAGUACCACCUUUGCAGCGGGCACCACCGAUGGGCCCAGCAACGUUGAUGAAUUUGGACAGAAUAUGACCCCGACCAACGGCUUCUUGCGCUUCUUGGGGCAUUUGAUUUCUUUGCCACCGGAGGAAGCAAAGAGGUGCCAUGCUCCCAAAGACAUCUUGCUCUACACUGGUCGAAUGAAAACGCCAUAUGAUUACAUGCCUUCCAAGAUGGCUUUUCAACUGCUCCGCCUGGGAAAUUUGAUCAUUGCCGGCGUGCCAGGCGAGUUCACGACGAUGGCCGGGAGACGCACCGCGAAGGUGAUCAAGAAAGCUUUGCUGGACAAAGGAGUUGUGAGCCCAGACGCGCGUGUAGUGAUCAACAACUGUGCCAGCGGAUAUGCCGGCUAUGUGACCACCAUCGAGGAAUACCAACAUCAACGCUACGAGGGCGGCAGCACGGCCUACGGUCCGCACACGCACGGGGCCAUGACCAACAUCCUCCGCGAGAUGGCGGAGGAGAUGGCCGAGGGCAAGGUCUAUCGCUGGCCUGGCGCACAGCCCAGGAUCCCCACGGAGCGGCAGAUGAUGGAGGGCCAGACUGACGUGGUGGCAGAUGACCCUCCAAUUGGUGGAAAGUUUGGUGAUGUGAAGAGCGAUGUUUGGCCGUACUACUAUCCGGGGUCUACAGCUCAGGCUGUCAUUUGGGGUGCGCAUCCACGCAAUAACUUGCGUCGAAAUUCCAGCUUCGUUUCUGUCUGGCGUCUGAAGGAGGACGGCACGACCUGGCAUAUGGUCGCAGAUGACAAUGACUGGGAGCUGCGCUUUGAGUGGAGACGCGUAGGUAUCUCAGCCAGUACCGUGACCAUCACCUGGGACAUUCCCGAAGACUACCCUGAGGGGAGCUACAGCUUGCAGUACAACGGCGAGGCCAAGCAUUUAUCGAGGAUCAUGAAGAUCUCAGGACACAGCCGCACGUUCCUUGUGUCCAAAACACGCCCUGCACGGCCCUACGACUCCGCGGAGUCGACGUCCAUCGCAGUGCGUUCACCGCAGUGUCCGCCUUCCAGCCUCUACACGGCGCGCGAGCACGGCCAGCACGGUUUGGUGGAUGGCCGCUUCCCGGGCAGCUUCACUGCCUCGCCUCAGCCAGACUUCUUGAAACGUCGCCUGGAGGUGGUGUGGGAUCGUUUGUGGCAAAAGGCGCAAGCAGAGUUGCAAGAGAAACCCAAGCAAGCCAUUCAGGACUUGCUGCUGCGGAAGAAGCACCGGGAGCUUCUCGAGCUGGUCACGGAGGGCGCGGUUUCGGUGAAGGAAACGCUGCAUCCGCUGAACGUCUCCCUCUUAGAACUUUCAUUGAAGCGGAACCCAGUGCUGAAUGACGUCAGCGUUCUGCUGGAUGCUCUGAAGCUGAAGGGAGAGAAGUUGGAAGAAGUUCACCUGGAUCGCGCCUGCACUUGCGCCUCCCCUGCCUUGAUCCAACUGCUCUUGAGUCAUGGUGCUCCCCUGGGGCCCAAUGCCUUGCACUGCCUGGUGGAGCGCUUUCCCUUCGGCGCAAACAAACAGGCGGUGCUCGAGAGUAUCAACCUCAUGAUCGAGGCUAAGGCUGAGAUUGAUGCCUUGGGAUCCUCGCCAUUCUCUUCGGUCACUCCACUGACGGCCUCUGGUGCACUGAGUUUGCCCAAGGAGGUGAUUCAAUGUUUGCUGGACUUCAGGGCAGAUCCCUUGGGAGGCAAAGGAACCCGGUCGCCGCUGCAUGCGCAUGUGGCGCAAUGGGGCUCACCCGCCGGAGUUGAGCUUUUGGUCAAGAACCGAGCAGAUCUGAACGCACGAGAUGCAUCAGGCAAGACCCCAGUGCAUAUCGCGUUGGCUGGACAUCCCAAGUUUAACCUCGCCAUGUGCCUCAAGUCGCUUGGGGCCGAUGUGACCGUGGCAGAUCAUCAGGGGGUGACACCUCGCCAGAUCUUGCUGAAGCACAACAGCCCCGCGCAAGCCGCCGAACUGGAAGGACGCAGCGAGCUGAAUGCAGAGGAACUGAGGCUGCAACAGGCUUUGGACCAUCCCUUGGCCAAGAAGUUUCAAGCCUCUGCCUUCGCUGCUGUCUCAUGGAUUCUAAGCAGGACGCCAGAGGAUGGCUUUGGCGGUAUUUGCAACAACGAAUUGACGGAGGACUUCCCAUAUGGCGAUCGCAGGCUCUCGGAAUGCUUGGGUGGACACGUCCCGAAACACUUGGUGCUGCAGCUUCCCUUGACCCGUUAUAGCGAGUUGUUGGGAGAUCUCUGCUUGAAGUCGCCGGAGCCGGAGGGCUUCACAGUGAGAGGCGUCUUGAUGGAGAUCUACAAAUUCUACCAAGAACCCUUCAGCAAAGAAGAGCUUUCUGAAAUCAAUGCGCACUUUGGCCGUGGAUGUUUGGGCGACACCUUUGGAUACAUCCAGAACAACGUGGCGGAAGAUGAGGGACAGGAGCAGCAGAAGAAGCAGCGGGUGCCUCGCCUAAACCUCCGUGGCGAUAGCAUUUUCUUCGAAGGCUUUCGGAGCUGUAAGUAUUUUGAAGAUGACCAAAGCCUCUGGGGCACUUUGAGCUUGGGUUCUUGA